CUGAUUUUUGUGCUAACGUGGGUUCCCAAGGGACAAUCACAGAUCACCACAACAGGCCCGCCUGCCUCAGCAGGACCUCCGGGGACUAGUGGUCCCCCUGCAUCAGCUGGUCCUUCCGCGUCUACGGGUCCUCCCGCAUCUACCGGUCCUCCAGCGUCAACUGGUCCACCUGCAUCUACUGGUCCUCCAGCGUCAACUGGUCCACCUGCAUCCACUGGUCCACCUGCAUCUACGGGUCCCCCAGCGUCAACCGGUCCACCUGCAUCCACUGGUCCACCUGCAUCUACGGGUCCCCCAGCGUCAACUGGUCCACCUGCAUCGACUGGUCCUCCUGCUUCUACAGGUCCACCGGCGUCAACUGGUCCGCCUGCAUCUACUGGCCCUCCAGCGUCAACUGGUCCACCUGCAUCAACUGGCCCUCCAGCGUCAACUGGUCCACCUGCAUCUACUGGUCCUCCAGCGUCAACUGGUCCACCUGCAUCUACUGGUCCUCCUGCGUCUACAGGUCCACCGGCCUCAACUGGUCCUCCUGCAUCUACUGGUCCUCCAGCGUCAACUGGUCCACCUUCAUCUACUGGUCCUCCAGCGUCCGCUGGUCCGCCGGCAUCUGCUGGUCCUCCUGCAUCUGGUGCUCCUAUUGGCCCCCCUGGUACAGGAGGGCCUCCUGGCACUGGUGGCCCACCGGGAACUGGGGGCCCACCAGGAACAGGAGGGCCCCCUGGAGCUAGGGGCCCUCCGGGUAGAAUAGGAUCGCCUGGUGGCAUUGGUCCCCCCGGAGGUGCUGGUUUACUUGGGGGAAGAGGUCCUCCUGGCUACAUUGGUGUUCGCGGCCCACCAGGAGGGUUUGGACCUCCAGGUGCCAAUGGGAUAUCUGGCCAACCUGGUCCACCAGGUAGACAGGGUCCAUUAGGAGGUCGUGGUCCUCCAGGUCUUCUGGGUCCACCAGGUCCUCCUGCGCCACGUGGGGCUAUUGGUCUUCCGGGUCCACCAGGACCACCUGGGCGUCCAGGUAUAGCAGGAUCACCGGCGAGAGGAGGAAGCGCAAUCCAAGGUUCACCAGGUAGAAGGACUAUUACCCCAGCAUCCCCAGCAGGAGGAGGAGGAGGGCGUAUUUACCCAGGGGCCCCAGUUGGUCAACCUCGUACUCCUCCACCAGGCUUUUAUGUUCCGGGAUUUGGAGUGUUCAGACCUCAGAAAGGGAAUAAACCACAGGAUGAUGAUUUUGGUUCCGAGUUGAAGCAAAUGCGAGUAGCGACAGUGGCGACUGUAACGGUGGUGGCGGCGAUGGCAGUGACUGUGGUAAUUCUUCUAUUCUUCCUAUGUAAGACACGGCUUCACACGCGUCGCUUACAACAACAACAACAGGACCACGAUAUACUACUGAAACAUAUAGACUGUACAGUCAAUGACAGAGACGAAAAUUCUGUUCUUUGAUAGGAUAGUUGUUAGUUUAGAAUACAUCACAUGUACAAUUUGCUGUCCAUUUUGUAAAUAUACCAGAGAGUAUGCUGUUAUUAACUCAACUGUGAACACAGGGCCCAUGUGUCCUUUUCAUGGUAUUUCAUAUGGAUGAAAUACUUUGGUACUAUCGUGUCAUAUUAUUGCCAAAAUCAUGACUACCACAAUAAUGAAUGGUAUACCAAGAUCAUGGUUUCUGGAAGGGUUAUAUUAUUCAACGUAUAUUUUAAUGUAACAUAACUGGGAAAUAGUAUAUAUGUGUAAAUCAUUGAAUAAUCUAAAAGGUGAGGAUGUUGAAGUAUUAGACUAUAUUUGAUUGAAAUAAUGAUAUCUCAAUACAUAAUAAGCUGAUGUUAUGACGUACACGUACAGUACGUAUAAUUUUGCAUGCAAUAAAAUAAAUAAGGACAAAUGUGAACGUUUAAUUGUCACUUCUACGCUACGCAUUCACGGAAGUUGACGUUGACGUUUCCAAGGAGUAGCCAUCGUGGAUUUCGGUUUUAAGCCCCAUAUACACAGACUUGCCCCAAGUCCCAUCUUGCCCAAUCGAGUCCAAAG